AUGCAAUAUCUGCUUUUGCUGUUCCUGCUUCUGUGCGCAAAGGGGCUUCUAAGGAACAAAGAACCCACAACAUCCAUCACCCCCUACCACUUGGACUUACACGAGGGGGAUGGGGACAAAUCGGAUGACACACCCAAUGGUGACCCCUUCUCCCCCCAAACAGAAACCCCACUCGAGGGGGACGCAGAACAACUAAGUAACUAUGGAAGCGAAGCGGAGUUCUCUUCGACAAACCUCCCAUCAGAGGUGAGUUUCCUCCAGGAGUGCACAAUUAACAGUUGCCUGAAUGUGGACAAGGAUGAGGCAGGCGGAGUGGCGGCGACUGAUGAGAUUGCCGGAGGGAAGCUCAGCGAUACGGUAAGCGCUGCGGCAAUCAAUGAGAAGAAGGACAAACCGAGCAGCGAACCGAAGAGCGAACCGCAGGGACCCCCCCCAAAAGAACAACAGAGUAUUCAAGAAACGAACCGACCAAAGGAAAAUCAGAGGAAGGACAACACACCUCUUAACAUGGGUGCCACAAAAGACGACGAUGAGAAUUGCGCCCCGGGAGGGAAUACGGAGACGAAAGAGGAGGGGAAAAAGAUCGUGAGGGGGGCCAUUGAAACGGAAGUUCAGGUGGAAGGGAAGGCGCAUCAACGAAGUGAAGGUGAAAAGGGAGGAAAAACCGUAAGUCAAACCGACGCCCAAACGGCAGGCCAAAAAGACGCCAAUGCAGCGAAACAAAGUGACGCCCAAGCGGCAGGCGGAAAGGACGCCAAAGCAACGGAACUAAGUGACGCCCAAAACGCAAACCAAAGGGCCUCCCAAGGAGAAAAGGAUCACCUGCAGGAGAAAGAAGACGAAGAAGAAAAGGAAGACGAUAUAGAGGAUGCAAACGAAGAGGAGGAUGCAAAGAAGGAAGAGGAUGAGGACGAUGCAGAGGAUGAAGAAGAAAAGGACGAUGAGGAGGAGACGCAAGGAGGAAACAAAACUAAGAGUAAUCACCAAGGGGCGACGAAAAUGGAGGGUUCGAAAAGCACUGAUAAUACUGUGAUGGCAGAAAAAAAAGUGGACUCAAAUCAGGACGGUUCGAAAAGCACUGAUAAUACUGUGAUGGCUAAAAAAAAAGUGGACUCAAAAAAGGAAAAUGCUUCAAAUGGAGGAGAAGACAAGAGGGGAUUGCCACCUGGUACCAAUACGAACGGUGAAGAAGAAACCAAAGCGGAGGCUCAAAAGAGCACCACCACGAUUGUCGUGGAGGAAAAAACAGAGAUUCCCAUCGAUAGCCCAACACAGAUAAGUGACGCAAAGACGAGUGUAAAGCCCAAUAGCGACACAAAUGGGGACCAGGCAAAAAUAGUUCCUCCAAAGAAAGACAACAACCAUGGGGUAGAGAUGAAGGGGGGCCCGUCCAAAGGUGGAAAUCCGGAGGAGGGAAAAGGAUUCCCAAAGAACAACAACAUGCAAAGUGCAAAGGAUAUGAAAGGGGACAUGGCCAAAGAAAACCCAGCGGGCGAAAAAAGUGAAGAUAAAGGAGGUAACAAACAGCAAACAGAGAGUAAGGAUAAGGAGGAGCCACACGGGGAGGAAAAUGCAGGCGAAACGAAAGAAAAAAGGAGUCAUGGUGACGCUGAUGCUCAUGCUGAUGGUCAUGCCUAUGAUGAUGACGAUAGUGAUGCCGAGGGUGAUGACGAUGCAGAGGGUGGGGAAGAUGAGGAAGAGGGCGAGGAGACGGACAAAGGAGGGAAAGGACGCAUAGGCAAGAAUGAAAUCCCACCCGGGGAUAGCGUUGAAGAAAACCCCCCCCAAGGGGGGAGACCUGAAGGGGGCGCAGCAACUAAUUCAGAUAUACACACAGGUGAGGCUCUCCAAAAGGGUAAACAUCGGAAGAACGAAGAAUCACAUGGAGGAGCCAAUCCACACGAGGUAGUCCCCCCCACUGAGGAAGCCUCCAUUGGAAAGAAGAGCACAUUGGAGAAGGUAUCACCACCCCCAGCUGUUGCUUCCCAGUUGAACCAGCAGCAGGAUCAAACGCAGAGCCAAACGCAGGGCCAAAAGCAGAACGAAAGACGAAGCAAAACAGGAGGAAAGAAUUACGAAUCCAGCAUGUACACACUGGACAAAAAAAUGCACAAAAAUCUGUCCAACGUUGAUGUCAUUUUGCAUGGGCUGAAGGACAAGUUGAAUCGCCACAAGGAUUUGAAAAACCGAGAACUCAAGCUAAAGUUCGAAGCCAUGGGCAGGAUCAAGGAGUACAAAUUGUACAAGGACCUCAUACAGCAGGCGGUGGAGAUAGUGACCCUGCGACUGAUGAAGAUCAAUGAAGAUUUAAGAAAGUUGAAACACUCAUCGGAUGUAGCGCUGCAAAAAUAUAUUAACGAGAAUGGCUACCAAUUGGUGAAUUUCUCCGACUCAACAAAAUACGACUCACGGAAUGGAGAGAAAGCGCAAGAAGAGAAGGUAUCCAGCGGAACCAAUCACAGAGGAGAUGAAAAGAAGAACAAGUUGUUCUGUCCAAUGGAUUGCAUCAGAAAGAGCUGCCACAACAAGCCGAAUCACCCAACUCAGUGCUACAAAUUAGAGCAGAGAGGAAGUCAAAUUCAAAAAAUCUGCGAGCCGUUUUCGGACCUGCACAGCGGCACAUGUCCACCUGACUUCCACCACUGUGCCAUAGCUGAGCCGGAGAGGAACAAAAAAUAUUCUAUUUUUGCCUCGGGGGAACGCGGACAGACACCUCAAUUUAUCAGCAUUCGAGGAUAUAACUUGCACGAAUGUCUGCAGAUGCUCGUUGUCAAUAAGGGAUCCAUGUGCUCCCCAAGCACCAUCGAAAAAAACAUUUUGGAGUCCCAAGACAUCCUGCUCGAGCCUGUCUUCACCAAGUUGCUCCACAACGAGAUUCUCCUGGAGAACAUCAAGAUAAACACCCCCGGAGAGUAUAACAUCUGCCUGGCGCAGUUCUACCAUCAACCGGAUGGGGAGGAUCUGCUCACUGAGAAUGGCUCCAACAGGAGCGGCAAGCCGAGCAAGCCGGGCAAGGCGAAUAAGGCGCGGAAGAACGACAUACGAAUCUUGGGCAUCGAUACGAUAGGAACCUUGUACGUCCUACCGCUUCCCUCGAGCAAGUAG